AUGGCCACCAACAGUUCCAACCAUUCCAACUGCACUGAUUUGGUUCAGCUGCUGAAAAGCUACUACCUGCCUGUCGCUUACAGCCUCAUCUUCAUCGUGGGCGUGGCUGGAAACAUAACCUCCAUCGGCAUUUACCUGACAAAGCUGCGUCCCUGGAAGAGCAGCAGCAUCAUCAUGGUCAACCUGGCAGUGGCUGAUUUCCUCUACGUCCUCACCCUGCCAUUCCUGGUCUACUACUACAGCACGUGGGAGAUGUGGCCUCUCUGCAAAUUCAUGUGCCGCUUCGUGCGCUUCGGAUUUCACUUUAACCUUUACGGGAGCAUCCUCCUCCUGACGUGUCUCGCAGUUUUUCGUUACCUGGUGGUGAUCAAGCCGCUGAGUGCGGCACAGAUCCAGCAGAAGCGCUGGGGUAUCCUUGCCUGUUCAGCUGUUUGGAUCAGCUCCGCUACUGAAAUAACACCCAUGUUGAACAUGAUAUCAGUGGAUAACAACAGCAAGUGCCUUGACUUUGCAAGUACUGAACCUGUCACUACAGUGCGGUUGUACGGCUUGCUGCUUACAGCACUUGGAUUUCUGCUUCCCCUUGCGGUGGUGUUUAUUUGUUACACUGGUAUAGUCAAAGAGCUGGCAAAAGGACCACACACAACAAGUCUCUGCCGGAUGCGAGCACGGGGUGUGACUGUGCUGAUCCUGGUGGUGUUUGUCGUGUGUUUCCUGCCAUUUCACGUCUUGCGUGUGUUGCGGAUUGAAACGAGAUACCAUAACGUGACUUGGCCAGUAGAGAAUAUCGUACAUGCAGCGUAUAUUGUCUCCAGGCCUCUGGCUGGAUUCAACACUUUUUUCAAUCUGGCGCUGUACACUCUUUCAGGUGAUAGAUUUAGGAGGGCCUUUCUCGACGUUUUCCACUGGGAAUGCUGGCUGAACAAAGCCAGGUCAUUGCUCCACCUGGCCAUCAUCAGCGAGGCAGGCGCUGCUACAUGA